CAAUUCAAAUGCGCAGGUGAGCUGAACGUUUUCAUUGCCGUCGUCCGGUUCGUUCACUUUUCGUUCGCAUCGUGUCGACUUCGUCACUUCGUCGUAUCUGCGCAGAACAGUUAACUACAACGACACUUGACUUUGUGUGUCUACAUGCGUGUUUGUGUGUGAGUGUGUGUUUGUGUGCGUGUGCGUGGGCAUAUUGCGUAUACGCCACGAGCGCUGUUGGUAGUUGUAGAACUUUAAACUGAUUUUGUACACUUAUUAAAAUUAGUCGUAAUUGUUGCAAUUCUCAUUGAAAGCGUGACCUUUAUUUGGUUUACGUUUCAUUUCGUGCCCGCUAAGCAAUAGCCCAAAAAGACAAACAACAAAAAAGCUGAGCAACUGCUGGCGACAAAAUACACGAGAUUCGAAUACGUGUUUCCCUCCGAAGACAACACAACACAUGCCAUAAAGAAUUCUAUAUACAAAUUAACAUAUAAUUUCUUGGAUAUACAAAAAGAAUUAAAAUUAAAUUUGUAGCUGGGAGUGGAACGAUUGGCAUUGAAAGGCUUGUGCAAUUUGCUGUAAGCGAAAUGCCACAGAAAUAAUAACAAAUACAUUAUAAAUUAAGCAACUCAAAGAGAAGCAGAGCGAGAGAGAGAGCCGUUGGAGAGUGUAAGUAAGAUUGAUAAGCGUUAUCAGUCGCCAGCAGGCACGCCUACUCAAACAGUGAGCGGCGGCGACAUGGCCGACGAAGAUCUCAGCCCGUUGCCGUUUCGACGGGAGCGCAACUUGAGCAAUCGCAAUUUCAACAAGCGCAACUCGCGUCGUCGCAGCGGCCAAUCGGCGACGGAUGUGGAGCGUCACAGUAGUGCCGUGGACGUGGAGUACGGCGGACAGCGACGCGACAGCACAGCGAGCAGCAGUUCCAGUUCCUUUCAACUUUCGUACUCGGUGAAUUCGGAUACGGAAAGUGCGUUCAAUCGCCGAUCCAUGCUCAAAAUGCGUGCGGCCAGUGAAGAGACGGCGCCGGUGGAAUCGUCGACACCACAAACAUCGGAAAUCCCGGAACGGCCCACGACGUUAACUGGCGCGGAUCCAGCACUGCUCGAUGUACGCCAAAAGGUGCAACGCUUCGAGACGCUCAAGUCGACCAUUAGCUAUUUGCGACAGGAGCGUCUCAGUCUGAAGCUGCUCGAGAAUCGCCGGCAUCCGAGCUUUUCGCAGCACGAUACAACAGUUCAAUACUAUACUCCACCCCCGCCACGUCGUGUUGCCCUGCCCGGCAUGGGCUCCAACAGAAAUUCCAUAUCCAGUGCACACAUCAGCAUCGAUGAGGUGCGUUCCGAGGACGAAGUCGAUCAGAUAUCCGACUUUGAAACAGAUCCCCAAGAUGCCGUCGAAUAUGUGCUCAGCGAGAGCCAAUCUGCGGUGUUGGGCAACAGCUCCCCAGAUCCCGAUGAGCCGCAGGAACAUGUUGUGCACCGAUCGAUAAGCGCGGAUCCAGCGUGCAACAAUACCUUGCCGCUCAAGCCGCGCAAUGACAAGGAUUUCCCAAGAAAUUAUCGAACUACGCCGAGGAGGAAGACUGAAAUCAUUGGGACAACAAACCAUGAACUGGUUGGCAAAUUUCAUUCAGUCUAUCAGCCCAAAGAGGAAGAGGAUGAGACUGAGAUCGAGCUAAGAGAUAAGAGCGAUAAGUGUGUUCAUCCCAUACUUGAGGAGCUGAUCCACACCGAGGAGACCUAUGUGAAUAAUCUGUUCACUGGCUUGGAGAACUAUGGCAAUAUAUUUCAGCGCAAGGAUCUGCCACUGGGAUUGCGUGGCAAGAAGUAUGAUCUCUUUGGGAAUAUUGAACAAAUCGCCGAGUUCCAUCGCGAUGAGUUUCUACCCAUGCUUCAUCGGAAUCGUCGUGAUCUGAAACGUUUAUUCGAUGAGUUUCUACAGUUUUUGGAUCAUGACUGCUUCUAUGGCUAUGUGAUCUUCACGAUGAACAAACAGAAAUCCUUAAAGCUGUGUGAUCUCUAUAAAAAUUACUUUACAAGCAUUCGUUUGGAGCGCGAUGAUAAGCUGGGCAUCAAUAGCUUCUUGGUGCAGCCCAUUCAGCGCAUGGCGCGUUAUCCACUGCUCCUUACCCAGUUCAUCAAUGUAAGUCGAGAGUUGUCUGCCCUUAAGCUAUAUCUAUUAAUUGAUAUCUUAAAUUUUGCAUUUUUGCAGACAUUCUUCAAGAAUCGCGACAUUGUGAUGAAGCCUCUGAUUGAGUCCUGCUGCCGCCUGGAGAAGCGACUGCGCACUUUGCUGACCACCACCAACGAAUCGGAGAUCAUCAACGAUAUUGUGGACUGCAAUGAGUUCAAUGUGUUUUAUCAGGGCAAGUUCCGCAAGGUUAGCGAGUUUCAGGUGCUGGAUCACAAGCUGAAGCGCACUUAUCGUGCCAAAGUCUUUAUAUUUGACAAGUGCAUCAUCUAUACGGAGAUUAAGGGCAAAAGUUUGAUAUUCCAUGGUCGCUAUCCCUGCGAGCAUAUUGGCAUCUCGGCCAAAUCCAAAUGCUUUACGCUCUACUAUGAGCGUCGCAAGCAGCAGGAAUGUGAAUUCACAGCUGAUCCGGCACAGAUACAGCUCUGGCUGGAUCUGAUACGUGAUAUGAUCAACAGUUUUGCCAAUGAGGAGCGGCAAAAGCUGCAGGAGCGUUACUCCCGUGAAAAUGAUCACUUGCAUCGCAAGGCGCCAAGCUUUUCGCUAUAUCGCGACUCGAAUCGCUUCAGCUCGGACAGUGGCAUUGGCAAUAUAUGGAUAAUGCCCAAGCCGGAAGAGGACAGUUGCGGUGGUGGUGGUGUUGGUGGUGGUGGCAAUCGGACCACUUGGUAUGCUGCCACAUAAUCAGACAACACGGGAAGCACUUCCCUGACCGCUGUGUGGACCACAAAAAAAAACCAAAUAUGUCCAUUUCCAUGUCCUUGUUGACCUGUGGAACGCAACGCUGUACGUUGGGGGCAUCAGUUUGGACCUGAAAAGCCUGUGCAAUAAGCCAACUUAAUAUUGAAUGUUCAUAAAUAUUCUCGAGUUGAUAGCUGGCUUCUUUUUAUUAUCAACUUAAUUUGUAUUAACUAAUUUGAUUUAAAGUCAAACAAAAAAAAAAUCAAUGAAACAAUGUAUAAAACAAUUUAAGCCUAAAGCUGAACUACCAAAUAUUGUCAAAUAAGUUAAUUGUAAUAUUUAAAUGCAAUGUAUUUUUGUUGUCACAAUUAAAGCAAAUUGU